UCUCAUGGCUUCUUAUUCUUUCACUUAUUUUCUUCUCAUCUCUUUUUUACUUUCACACUCUGAUGCUCAGCCUUUUUCUUCAUCACGACCUCGAGGAGUAGUCCUUCCAUUUCAUAAAGAUCCAUCCACUCACCAAUAUGUUACGGAAAUCAGUUUAGCAACUCCCAAAGUUCCCAUAAGACUAGUUCUCGAUCUAGGCGGUAAACUCCCCUGGAUCCAUUGUGGUCAAAAGCAACAAACAUCGUCAUAUCAACCGGUGGAUUGUAAGUCACCUCAAUGCUUGCUAGCCAGCAGCAACACCGUUCAAAUUCCGCAAUGCUGUAACAAAACAUGUAGUAUUUCCUCAACCAACACAGUAACUCGGUCAACUAGCAGCGGUCAGCUAGGUUCAGAUGAUGUGACUCUGCAAUCAGGUUAUGAGCCUGGUCAACGACCUUAUCUCUGGAUCCGAGGCGAAAAUGUUACGGCUCGUCGGUUUGCUUUCGGAUGCGGAACAACUAGUCUAAAUGGACUUGCCAAGGGUGUUAAUGGGAUGGCCGGUCUUGGGCGUUCAGGACUUUCCUUGGUUUCACAAUUUUCAGCUGCAUUUCAUUUUUCUCGGAAAUUCGCUUUAGAUUUUCAAUUUGGCAACGUCUACUUUGGCGGCGGACAUUACAUUCACGAAACGUUGAGGCCUUCUUUCAUUUACACCCCACUCAUCAGUAACCCAUACAAUCAAGACUAUUCUACUGAUUAUUACAUUGGCGUCAAAUCAAUCCAGAUAGAUGGUGAAAAUGUCGCAAUACACAAAAAAAUGUUAUCGAUUAACAGAAAAAAUGGAGUUGGCGGAACGAAAUUCAGCACUCUGCUUCCCUAUACCGCUAUGGAGACAUCAAUAUACAAGGCUUUCACUAGUCUUUACGUUAAGAGGGCGAAAGCCAUGAAUAUCACUCGCGCUGCUUCGGUUAAACCUUUCGGUGCUUGUUUUAAUUCUUCUACCAUGGUUACUAGCUAUCCAGAAGGACUUGUUGUGCCACAAGUCAAUCUUGUAUUGACCAACAAUGUAGUUUGGCGUGUGGUUGGGGCAAAGAGUUCUUUGAAGUAUGUUAAUGACAAUGUGUUGUGUUUGGGGUUCAUUGAUGGAGGUUUGAAGGCAAGGACUUCGAUAGUUAUCGGUGGGCUUCAACUGCAGGAUAAUCUCUUGGAGUUUGAUAUUCCAAAGUCGAGAGUAGGAUUCAGUCAACCCUUGUAUCAAUUAGUUGGUCCAACCAACUAGUAGUUAAAGUGGUAUUCCGGGGAUUGCAUCACCAGCUGAAGUACAGUGUCGAUGCAUUCAGCUAGUCGGUUGUCGGUCGUUUGUCCUUUUUUCUUUCUGUGUUCUUCUCAAAACUCUAAACAAAUGUAUGAAAAGAAGAAAAGCAAAAGAAAGAAAACUUAAACUAGUAUAGAUUCCCACUUUUGUCUCUGUCGCACU